GCAGAGGCGGGACCAGAGCCCCCGAGGGCUCGGGAUUGCGGAAGUUUUGUGCGGAAGGUCGGGUGGCUGGCGGAGUUCCUGGUAGGUUUACCGCUCUCGCGCCCAGGCGGCGGCUGGGGUUCGGAGCCACCCGCACCCGGAGGACUGCGACUGUGACCCGGCGCGACUCGGUGCUGCGGCCGGCGGUGCUCGCCCCGCGUCCCUCCGCACGGACCCGCCUCGGACCUCCACCAUGGCGUCCACGAACACCAACCUCCAGAAAGCAAUAGAUCUUGCAAGCAAAGCAGCCCAGGAAGACAAAGCUGGGAACUAUGAGGAAGCUCUUCAACUCUACCAACAUGCUGUUCAGUAUUUUCUCCAUGUCGUUAAGUAUGAAGCACAAGGUGAUAAAGCCAAGCAAAGUAUCAGGGCCAAAUGUACAGAAUAUCUUGAUAGAGCAGAAAAACUGAAGGAGUAUCUGAAGAAAAAAGAGAAGAAGCCACAGAAGCCUGUGAAAGAGGACCAGUCAGGUCCAGUUGAUGAGAAGGGGAAUGACAGUGAUGGGGAAGCAGAAUCUGAUGAUCCUGAAAAAAAGAAACUACAGAAUCAACUUCAAGGUGCCAUUGUUAUAGAGCGACCAAAUGUGAAGUGGAGUGAUGUUGCUGGUCUUGAAGGAGCCAAAGAAGCACUUAAAGAGGCUGUGAUUCUGCCUAUUAAAUUUCCUCAUCUAUUUACAGGAAAGAGGACACCUUGGAGAGGAAUCCUGUUGUUUGGGCCACCAGGAACAGGAAAAUCCUAUUUAGCCAAAGCCGUUGCAACGGAAGCAAACAACUCAACGUUUUUCUCAAUAUCUUCCUCUGACCUUGUCUCUAAGUGGCUGGGGGAAAGUGAAAAACUGGUUAAGAACUUAUUUCAACUUGCCAGAGAAAACAAGCCUUCCAUUAUCUUCAUUGAUGAAAUUGACUCUCUGUGUGGCUCAAGAAGUGAAAACGAAAGUGAAGCUGCACGUCGAAUUAAGACCGAAUUCCUGGUUCAAAUGCAAGGAGUUGGUGUGGACAAUGAUGGCAUUUUGGUUCUGGGAGCUACAAAUAUACCCUGGGUUCUGGAUUCUGCAAUUAGGCGAAGAUUUGAGAAACGUAUUUAUAUUCCUUUGCCUGAAGCACAUGCCCGUGCAGCCAUGUUUAAACUACACUUGGGCACCACUCAGAACAGCCUCACAGAAGCAGACUUCCAAGAACUUGGGAGAAAGACAGACGGCUAUUCAGGAGCAGAUAUAAGUAUCAUUGUACGGGAUGCACUUAUGCAGCCUGUCAGAAAAGUUCAGUCAGCUACUCAUUUCAAAAAGGUUCGUGGACCCUCAAGAGCUGAUCCUAACUGCAUUGUAAAUGACCUGCUAACCCCCUGCUCUCCAGGAGAUCCCGGGGCUGUGGAAAUGACAUGGAUGGAUGUCCCUGGAGAUAAACUCUUGGAGCCAGUUGUUUCCAUGUGGGAUAUGCUACGGUCGCUGUCUAGCACAAAACCUACCGUCAAUGACCAUGACUUGUUGAAAUUAAAGAAGUUUACAGAGGAUUUUGGCCAGGAAGGCUAAUGCAAAGGCAGCAAGACCAUGUUUACUCUGCAUUUCUUCUCUUUUGUAGGUAUUUUGCCUUUCUUGGAUGACAUUCAGAUUAUUUCCAGUAAAACUCUUUUACACAGGAAAAA